AUGCCCGGAGGCGGCAGAUGGCGCGGCGGACCGCAUCGCCAAUCGUCACAGCGCCAAUCUGGCAACCGUGAUCGGGCCCAAGGAGGAUAUCCGGGUCGGCACCAUGGAGGUCCCCCUCCUGCCUGGCAGAUCGCUGCUGCCAACAACGCUGCCAACAGCCACGGCAACAACCAAGUCCAGAAUCAUAACUCGGCGCAUGACCAGCAUUCUUCUGUGAACAAGUUCAAUGCGGAGGAGCUCAAGAACGUCAUGAAGAGUGGCUCGAAGGCCCGCGUCUACAGGCCCAUCGGAAAGAAUCCUGCCAGUGACAAGGCAUGGGGCCAAAAGCCCCACGCUAUGGCGAACGGAAAGGACUUCCUGACCGAGCUUCGAAAGCAGAUCGGCACUCUCAAACGACGCGGCCCUCCCAUCGGCGGAUGA